AUGUCAAAGGUCAACGAUAGCAGCAAUUUCAAGCAAUUGAGCUUUCUCAAUGAGAGUGAUCCCAUUACUCUAUUGAACUCAAACAACUAUCUAGACCAAUUGGUUCCAAUCAUCAAGUCGAAUUUGAAAUCAAACACAAUCCCCGAGCUUUUAGAGACGUUAAAUACUGAAGGAUUAAAGAAAGAUGAUGAGUUAACAAGCAAUAUCAAUCAAAAUGAAUCUACAAUUAGAACCACUACAUCCGAUAUUUCUCAAAUUUCAAGAAAUGCUUCUACUAUAAAUGAACAGAUACUAGAUAUAAAUGAUCAUUUGGCCAAAACUUCCAACCUAACAAUACAAAAGAAAUUUCAAAUGCUUGGGCUAAAGAAAAACAUCAACAAGAUUAAUGAAUCUGUUAUUUUAAUUAAUAAGAUUUUACAAAUUUUAGAAUUAACAGAUCGUACCCAUGAAUUGAUCAAAAACAACAAAUUUUUUAACGCUUUGAAAAACUUGAAUGAUUUGAAUGCAUUAAAUAAAGAUUUUGAUAAAGAUUUCAAGUUUUUAAAUAACAUAAAUGAUUCAAUUCCAAUAAUGAAGGAGUUGAUUAGAGAUGAAUCUUUAAGUUUGGUCAAGAGAAAUUUGAACUCUUUAGAUGCUAAAUAUGACACUAUUUCAUUGGCAUACUAUGAAAGAUUUGGUCAUCUUAUAUCAGAAUGGGACAAUUUUAAACACCACAAUAGAGAUUUUGACAAAUAUAAAAUAAAUUCAUCAGUUGAAAUUAGUAUGAGGGAUAGUUAUGCUUCACCCGAGUCUCAUUUACCACAUGCGGAAGAUUUUUUGAACAUUGGCUUCAUUUAUGAUUCUUUGUUGAUUUUUAAAAGUUUAGAUCAACUACAGUUUUUGAAACAUGAAUUCAAUAAAGAAUUGAAUUUGAGAAGGGAUAAGAUUUUGUACCCAUUUUUAACAAAUGAUAUGCAUAAUGAACAAUUCAAAAAAUACAUUGUCACCAAUGACAAUUUGAAGUCCUUUUUGGCAAGAUUGAUUGGCUUUUUGAUAUUUCACACAUUGAUAUCGGAAAAACUACCCAACAUCGUCAUUCAAAAGACUAAUGAUUUAUGGGAAAAUUUGUCUGCUAAAAUUUAUCCAUUUCUGAAGGAUUUGGUUUCCAAUGGAUUGCUUGAAAUAUCUAGGAUAAUUGAUUUCAAAACCAUAAUUGGUAAUUUUUAUUUGAUAUUAGAGCACUUCAAUCUCAAUGGUGAUCAUUUUUACAACUUAUUGAUCAUCACAUUCAAGAAAUAUUCACAAGUUGCAACAUUCAAUUUCAAGUCAGAGUUCCAAAAAUUAGCCGAAGAUGAUGACUCUAUGCCAAUGGUGAUUUACGAUCUGAAACUCUACAAGAAAAUCAUCAAUCUUAGUUGGUACGAGGAAAAUAGACCUGAAAAAGAGAUUGAAUUUCCACAGGUUUUGCCAUUCAGUACGAUUUAUCCAAUGACGUGCGCACAAGUUCGGGUAUUUAUUAAUCAACAAACACAGUUUCUUAAAGAUUUUUAUAAAUAUGAUUCGGAUUCUUUGAAUAAGUUGGUUGUUGAAAAUGUGGAUAACCUAUUAUUAACGGUGGUGAACAAGCAUUUCCAUGAAAAGUUGAAUUUAAUCACAAGAGAAGAGCUAUCUCAAAACUUGAUCAAUCUUGAAUAUUUCUUAAUCAUGUCCAAAGAAGUAUUGAAGCAAUUGAAUAACACACUCCAUAGAAAUGACCAAUUGAAAUCAAUUCAAGCCAUCUCAGAAACAAGAAAAAUCACGGAGACCAAAUUAUUUGAAAUGGUUGAUGGUAAGAUUGAAGACUUAAUAGAUUUUAUUGAUUGGGACUGGCAAACUGAAGACUUUAACAAUGAACCAAACUUUUUCAUCAAAGAUAUUGGUGAUUUCCUGAAGAAUAUGUUUAAUUCUACAUUUUCAAACUUACCAUAUUCAGUGAAAACACUGUUGUUAUACAGAGUAUUUGAUUUAUUGGCCAUAAGGUUUUUGGAAAAUUUGAAUGAACAAAGUUCAGUAUCAAAAGCUUCAGUUUCAAAUUUUGAUACUGAUAUCUCCUAUAUGGAGGCCAUAACUCAAGAAUUGAAUCCAUCGAAAGGGACAAGUGAUGGUACAAGCAGAGAGUCUUUACAAUCAAUGUUUUUGCAAUUAAGACAAACAAUCAAUUUAUUGAAAUCGGGCCAUCUCGAUGAAUACAAGGACCAAACAACUAGAAUGAGAAAGUUUGAUCAAAUCAAGCCUGAUGAUGCAGUUAAUUUGAUUAAAAAAAUUACACCAGAAAGUCGACCACAAACUCCAAUUGAUAGUCCAGAUCCUUCUUUGGCCUCCAAAUACUCUAAAUUCUACAAGUUUAGAUCUAAUGCUUGA